UUAAGAGAAAUAAUCUGGCCAUAACUUCAACAUUAGGAAAACGAAUUUUAGACGUUCCCUCACUUUUGCAUGUCUCAAAUUAUUCUAGGCUUUGAUGCUGUAUUUUUAAAAAUGUAAGAAGAAAGCAAGUAAUCAUGGAUCAAGAAACAGCCCAGACCUUGUUCAGAGAAGGUGCUAUUUUUGUAUUUCUUGAUGUGCCAGUAGGAACAGAAUUUGGUAUAGAUUAUAAUUCAUGGAAUAUUGGACCAGAGUUCCGAGGAGUGAAAAUGAUUCCUGCAGGUCUUCAUUUUGUUUAUUAUAGUGCCUGUAAUAAGGAAGGCCAAACAGCACCUAGGACUGGGUUUUUCUAUAACUUCAGAAAGAAAGAAAUUGUUGUUCGCAAAUGGAACAAAUUGUUAGAAGAUAUUGAUCCAGACAUUGAUGUUAGAGGAGACAUGCUUCAGAAAUUUCAUGACAAUAAAGAGGAAAUGGAUAGAUACUUAGGAGCUUAUCCUUAUGAAAAUUACAAAAAAUGGGUAUCUCUCUCUAGCUGCAUGAGCGAGACUUUAGUGGAAAAACUUCAACCAGAAAAUGGCAAAAUCUUAAGUGUUUCAGAAUUUAUAUCAGAAAGUAGUGACACUGCAAGCCGUAAAAAAGCAAAUGAUAAUUUGCCAGAUAAGUUAUACACAGAACCAACAUCUGCAAGAGAAGCAGAAUUACAACUACCACAAAUGAAGGUACAGCCAGGUACAUUUAUCAGGUUUACAGAAUUACCCAAGAAGAGGUACCCAGAAGGGAGUACUCCAGCAGAAAUUACAAAAUGUAGCAUGGAUUCAACCUACAUAUUAGAAACUCUAUUAAAAGAAAAUUUUAACUGCAUUGAAAAAGAUUUACUUGGAGAAGUUCAGUUUUCAUUUAUCUGCUUUUUGAUUGGACAAGUCUUUGAUGGAUUUGACCAAUGGAAAAAAUUGGUACAUUUGCUUUGUAGCAGUGAAUCUGCAUUAACUACUCACACACAACUGUUUUUAGAUUUUAUUGGUGUACUUUAUUUUCAAGUUCAUGAAAUCCCCGAAGAUUUCUUUGUUGAUAUUGUAUCACAAAGUAAUUUUCUGACGACAACUUUACAAGAAUUCUUUUCAAAUGUGGAAUGUAGUUCUGCUGAUCAGAGCCUGAAAAGAAAAUGCAGAAAGUUCAAAGAACAUUUGACGAUUAAAUUUAGAUGGGACUUUGAUUCUGAGCCAGAUGAAUACGCACCAGUUGUUGUGGAUACAAACUAAUAAAUCAUAUCAG